AUGGUCUUGAGAAAACGAGCUCCUCCGCACCUUCACAACCUCAGUCAAGGGAAUGCCCGCUUCGAACUUCGCUCUUCAUUCUCAAAAACCUCCCCGACGUCCUUUUCUCUAUCAUCAACCUCACCUAAACGCCUGACCCGUCCUAGCAGAGCCCAGAGCUCUCCGCAUCCUCGUCGCAUUCCGUCGCAGGACUCUAUAUUCUCGCCUGAUCUGAAUACGUCGCCAGCUUUCGACCUGAUGUCUCUAGAGCAGGCGCAGCGGUCCCCGAUUCGGACUUCGUCUACCGACACUCCGAAUCCUUGGGCGGAUGAGCUCGUCGAUAAGUCAACCCAGAGCUCUCAGGACAAUGCGGAUCCAACAGAGCGGGCGGACAUGAACAGUGGUCUACGCGAUGGAGAGUCGGUUGAUAGCAGGAAGGGGGUGCCUUCGAUCGUUCUUGCGGGCACCCAAAGAAGAAUGGCAGCAAAUGAACUCCCGCCGCGCCAAGAGGGCGCUGGCACCUCUGACUGGGAGUAUUUGGCCUCUUCUUCUAUCCCACUACAGUCGAACAACCCGUUUUUGAAACCAUCGCAGUACGAUAACAAUGCAUGGGCGGAUGAAAACUCCCGCGCGUCAUCUCUUAGGGAUGACGCAAGCGUUGGGUUAGGUCAAGACGAGGGCUAUAUACCGAUGACCGCUCGCCUAUCGCUCUUUGACCAGCAGCUGGAGUCCGAAUCUCCUUGGGCCAGCGAGGCUAGUCGAAGCCAAGGCGCAGGGAUGAGUAGCCAGGAGACCGGUGUCGCAACACUUGGUUCCCCAGAAGCUCACGAGAUCUUCGAUGGUCUGCAACAGCCACAGCCUCAGCUACAUCCAGAGCAAAAUCCUUCACAACCUAGGAUAAGCACACCAGGGACUAUAUCAACCGCCACUACUGGGUCAUCCCAUGUCCUUAUCGAGUUGGAUGACUCUCCCGCGCAGGAAAACGGAAAUGACACCAGGCAAGUGACGCAGUCUAAUGCAGAUGAAGCAACAAUUCAAGGAUACGGUCCUCCUGCCGCACUCCAAAAUGUCCAGCCUGAUGGUGGCGCGUCGCAGCAAGGCAUUAGCCCACCCACAAGAUUGUCGCUGCCGUCUCAAUCCCAGGAUACACAAAGAUCCGCGACUCCAGACGGAACCGCCCAACAGACGAAGCGAUCAGAGACGUAUUCCAUCAGACAUAUUAGUUGGAAAGAUAGUACGGGAACGUUGCGUGACUCCCCUGUGCUGAUUCAGAAUCAGAACGGGCCAUGCCCGCUUUUAGCCCUGGUGAACGCCCUGAUACUCCGUGCUGCAGGCCAGGACUUCCAGCCUCCCAUUGUAAGGGCUCUACGAAGCAGGGAGCAAAUCUCGUUGGGCUUGUUGAUUGAGGCACUGUUUGAUGAACUGACGACACGUCUGGGACCCGACGACGAAUUUCCCGACAUUGAAGCUCUCAGUCGUUUCCUGACUAUGUUGCAUACUGGAAUGAACGUCAACCCGCGAUUGACUCUGGAACCGAACUCUGUAACCGGCACAUUUCUUGAGACCGAAGAUAUCAAGCUCUAUAGUACUUUUGGGGUAUCCCUGGUACACGGGUGGCUCGCCUCCCCAUCGACGGAAGCUUGUGCGGCAUUGGGGCGGAUGGGCCAGUAUCAUGAAGAUAUUCAAAUGCUCCCAUUCCGUAAACAGGAGCUUGAAGACCGUGUGAUGCAGGGCACAGCACUAAGUACUGAAGAAGAAAGAAUCAUGGCUGAUAUACACGCAAUCCAGCAUUUCACGGACUUCGAAAACGCCACACAAUUGAGCGCUUUUGGUCUAGAACAAUUAUCUAGAACGCUGCAACCUGGUUCCUUCUCUAUCUUAUUUCGCAACGAUCACUUCUCUACCCUUUACAAGCAUCCGCAACUGCAGAGACUCUUUACACUCGUCACCGAUGCUGGUUACUCUAACCAUGCAGAAGUUGUGUGGGAGAGUCUUGUUGAUGUGAACGGAUCCAAUGCGGGCUUUUACGCCGGCGAUUUUAGACUUGUCAGCCACAGUACACCUCAAGAAUCCGACCCAUCGGGGCCCCGGACUUCGAGUCACGACACUUCGCAGCAUUCCAGCACACUUUCAGCCCAAGAGCAGGCAGACGCGGACUAUGCGUAUGCUCUCUCUCUCCAGUACCAGGAAGAGGAACAACAGCGACCGGGACCUGCGCGCGGCCGCUCCCAGAGCGCAGCCAACCUUGGAACUAGCGCAAACACUCCUGCUGUAAAUCGUCAACAGCGUCAAUCAUAUGGUCACCACUCCCAAUCCCACUUUCAGAGUAGUGGACCGGUACACGAAGAUCAGGAUGACAUUCCGCCUCCGUCUUAUGAGCAGGCGGCCAAGAGUCCGAUAUAUACGCCCCCGCAACAGAGCCCUAAUAUCACAGAUGCGCCCCCACGGAGCCCAUACCAAAGGAAUCCGUAUGCUCGACAUCCUGAGCGGGGCGCUAGGGAGCGGAACAAAGACUGUAUAGUCAUGUGAAAGCCAUAUCAAGCUGCUUUACGUAGAUCGGGAAACACAUAACCGAACAUGGUAUGCCAGUAACCUCUGUCGCGCUUAUUUAUGGUGUUGACGACGGAAUGAACAUGCAUGAUCCUAAAUAUACGGGUCAUAUAGAUGCCUGAACUUGGCGCUUUUAAUGUAUCUUAGUUACUUACGAUGAAUACGAGCAAUGACUUA